AUGAAUGACUCCGACGACGCUGUAUAUGAAAUCAAGGGCGAUGACAAGGUGAUCCGUGCUGCUCUGGUCUCAAGCUACGACGAUAAAUCAACUGCCGCUGCCACCACCACAACUAAUGCCGAAGUUGAUGAUUACAUCUCCAAGUUCUUGGUUAUGUCAGAAGACGCACGAGCAGAUGACCACAGAGAGAAACAUAUGACGUUGAAGGAGGGUGUAAAGACUUUCCCCAAGGCUAUUGCGUGGUCAUUGAUCUUAUCUACUGCUUUGAUUAUGGAAGGUUACGACACAAACUUGUUGACCAGUUUUUAUGCUUAUCCGGGAUUCAGAAAGAAAUUCGGUGAUUAUUUCGAGGACAUCAAUGACUACCAAAUUCCAGCAAGAUGGCAAACUGGUUUGUCAAUGGGCUAUCAAUGUGGUCAGUUGAUUGGUUUGUGGAUGGCAAGUGUGUACGCCGACAAGGUUGGGUACAGGAAAACAUUGAUGCCGGCGUUGGCCAUUUCUGUUGGAUUAAUUUUCAUUCAAUUCUUUGCACCUAAUCGUGAAGUGUUGCUUUUGUCGUAUAUUUUAUUGGGUAUCAAUUGGGGGUCGUAUCAAACUAUUACCGUGACUUAUGCGUCGGAGAUUGCACCAGCGAGUUUGAGAGUGUAUCUAACAACCUAUGUCAAUGUGUGUUGGGUUUUUGGUCAGUUGAUUUCGGCUGGUGUUAUCAAGGGCAUUUCAAACAUGAGUGACCCUCAUGCUUAUCGUAUUGCUUAUGCUAUUCAAUGGGUGUGGCCAAUUCCCAUCUUGAUUGGGGUGUUUUUGGCUCCAGAAUCACCAUACUUUCUCGUAAGGAAAGGAAGGCUUCAAGAAGCCAAACACGCGUUGGCGAGGUUGUUGACAACAAACUCCUACUUACCAGAAAAGGGCUUAGUUGUCGACAGUAUGGUCACCAAAAUUCAAUUGAUUGUUAGAGAAGAAGAUGCUACUAAUGAAGGAGCAACCUUCAAGGAAUGCUUCACUGGCAAAAAUUUCAGAAGAACGAGAAUUUCGGCAAUGACAUGGUUAUUUCAAAACAUUACUGGUUCGGCAUUGAUGGGGUACUCAACCUACUUUUAUGAGCAAGCUGGUUUAGAUCUUUCAAAUGCAUUCACAUUUUCAAUUAUCCAGUAUUGUUUGGGUAUUAUUGGUACGUUUGGGUCUUGGUUCUUGUCACAAAAAUUGGGAAGAUUCCCCAUCUUUUUUGGCGGAUUGUGCGGUCAAGUUGUUCUUCUUUUGAUAACGGGUGGGUUGGGAACUUCUUCAUCUAAAGGUGCCAGUUGGGGUGUUGGUUCAAUGUUGUUGGUUUAUACAUUUGUUUAUGACUUGACUGUUGGACCAAUGUGUUAUUGUAUCGUUCCAGAAAUGCCAUCGGCAAAAUUGAGACAAAAGACAGUCAUGUUGUCAAGAUUCCUUUACAAUGUGGCGGGUAUUAUUGUUGGUAUUCUUACAAGUUAUAUGUUGAAUCCCACACAAUGGAAUUGGAAAGCCAAGACUGGGUUCUUUUGGGCAGGGUUUGCUAUUUUAGCUGCAAUUUGGACCUGGUUUGAAUUACCGGAAACCAAGAAUAGAACUUUUGCUGAAUUGGAUAAAUUGUUUGAGCAAGGUGUGCCUGCAAGAAAAUUCAAACACAUCGUACCAAAGACUUUUGAUGCUGGCGAAAUGAUGGAAAAAUUGGGUAACAAUGGUAUUAAGAGUAUCAUUAACGAAAGAGAGCAUAUUGAGUAUGCCGAUGACGAAUCGAAAUAA